AUGGAUAAUGGUGAUAAAAGUUGGAUGAAUCUCCUGAGAUGGACGAAUGAGUAUAUCCGUGGAGUGAAUGAUUUUCUUGAUAAGGCAUUUGAACGAGCCGCCCAAGGAAAUGAAAUAUUAUGCCCUUGCAAAAAUAUCAUGAAUCGCUAUUGGCAUUAUAGAAAUGUGGUGGAGGAUCAUUUGGUUGUUCAUGGAUUUGUUGAUGGUUAUACCAAAUGGGUUUUCCACGGAAAAGGAUUUUCCUCGAGAAAUACACCUCAUCCAAGCAAUGGUGAUGAAUGUUCUACCAUGCGUGAUGAUAUUGAUGGACUACUUCAUGAUACAUUUAGAAAUAUUGAGGGUCAGGCAGGGGAUGAAGAAGGAGUUGGGGAAAGACUAUCUGAAGAUGCAAAGAAGUUUUUCAAAUUGCUGGAGGAAGGAAAACAAGAGUUAUAUCCGGGGUCUGAAAAUUUCAGUAAACUGAGUUUCACUAUUCGAUUGUACUUGCUUAAAUCCUUGCAUGGGUUGAGUAAUGUGGCUUUCUCUGAAUUGUUAGAGUUGAUAAAAGAGGCAUUUCCCUUUGCUCAGAGUGGUGGUCCUUUGACUAAAGCUAGCUCUAAAAUCCCUGCAAAGGUUUUAAGGUACUUUCCUUUAAAGCCUAGACUUCAGAGGAUAUUCAUGUGUCCUGAAACGGCUACUGCAAUGAGAUGGCAUACUAAUGAACGACCCAAUGAUGGGAAUAUAAGACAUCCUGCAGACGGGGAAGCUUGGAAGGCUUUUGAUUCUUGCACCCAGACUUCUCUAGAGAUGCUAGGAAUGUUAGAUUGGCCGGAGUAUAUAAUGUUAUCUAUGAUCAUUCCAGGUCCAUCAUCUCCAGGAAAUGAUAUAGAUGUGUACCUACGACCAUUAAUUGAAGAAUUGAAGGAACUAUGGGAAAUUGGGAUAGACACAUUUGAUGCUGAAACCAACCAAACUUUCCGAAUGCGUGCAGCCUUAAUGUGGACAGUUAGUGACUUUCCAGCAUUAGCAAUGCUUUCAGGAUGGAGCACUAAGGGGAGAUUGGCAUACCCCACUUGCAAUUAUGACACAUGUUCUCAAUAUCUCAAACAUAGUCAUAAGAUGUGUUACUUGGGCCAUCGAAGAUUUUUGCCUCGUGAUCAUACAUUCCGACGAGAUAAGAAGUCUUUUGAUGGUAACGAGGAGCAUAGACCUGCACCUGAUCCAUUGUCGGGUGAAGAAGUGUUUGGCGAUCUGCUUGAAUUCAACAAUAUCUUUGGAAAGAGCUCUAAAAAAAGGCCUCGGAGUGAUAAGGGUCCGUGGAAAAAGAGAUCCAUUUUUUUCGAAUUGCCAUAUUGGGUGCAUAACAAAUUGAGGCACAAUCUUGAUGUGAUGCACAUUGAGAAAAACAUAUGUGAUGGUUUUCUUGGGACUUUAUUAGAAAUAGAUGGAAAAUCAAAGGAUCAAGAAAAAUCUCGCUAUGACUUACAAGAAAUGGGGAUACGAAAGGAGCUGCAACCAAGAAUAAAUAAUAAUGGAACUAUAAGUUUGGAUAAAUCUUGUUUCUACAUGGAACCAAAACAGAAAAGUUUAUUUUGUACUGUCAUGAAAAAUGCUAAAUUACCAAAAGGGCGUGCUUCGAAUAUUUCAGAACGCGUGCAAGUGAAGGAGAUGAAAAUAUGA